UCCUCCUUUUUCUUAUAAAGCCGUAAACCCCUGAGCGUUUCUACACGUUAUAUAUGCUGUAUUGUCAAAUACUCAAAAGAGAGCAAACAUUCAAGCGUUCACUUUGAUGCGAAACGCAACCGUUAAAAAAAGAUGUCAUUGGAAGAAGCACCGGGCUCACUGGAGAGUGACGUCACCAGCAUGCGUUUUGAGGAUACGGAGCUGACUUUGGGAUUGCCAGGGGAGGGACGAUCGCCGGCUGUUAUCGCCGGUGUUAAGUGCUCUGCAAAACGUGGGUUCGUUGAGACCGUUGAUCUUAAACUCGGGAGCUGUAGCAGGGCCCCAAGUGGAGGUGGUGACACGCAUGUUAAUGAAGCCGGUGCCGGAAAACCUCCUCCUGCAAAGGCACAAGUUAUCGGUUGGCCACCGGUGAGAUCAUCUAGAAAGAAGGCUAUUAAUGAGAGCUGCAAGUACGUGAAGGUGGCCGUGGAUGGAGCACCCUAUCUCCGCAAAGUAAACCUAGGAGUUUACUCCAAUUACCACGACCUGAUGAAACAUUUAGAGAAUUUGUUUACCUGCUGCAUUAUCCGUAAAGCAGAUAGGGAGGAAAGCAAGGUUAUGGAUGCGGUGAAGGGAAUGGAGUAUGUGCCAACUUAUGAAGAUAAAGACGGUGACUGGAUGUUGGUUGGAGAUGUUCCUUGGAAGAUGUUCAUAGAAUCUUGCAAGCGUAUUCGUUUGAUGAAAAGCUCAGAGGCUGCUGUUUUAGCACCAAAAGCUUCUCUAAAAUGCUCAGGCACAUGUUGAGAGUCAGAGAUAAACCAGAUGUAUCUUUGAAUGUUGUAUUGUGUGAAGAGAAACGAGCCUCAAUAAUCAGAGAAAACAUCUUACUUUGUACUAUCUUUUGGUUUUUUCUUUUUUUUUUUCACUUUCCCUUUGGUGCUUUCCUUUUAACUUGGUGACCCAGCUUGUAAUUAUGUUAGACUAGUGCGGGUUAAUGCCCUCCAACAAUAAAUCUGUUUUCUGCUCUC